CAAACAGAAUCUCGAUAACAAAUGGACUACUAAUUUUAUAACAGAGGCGGAAAUACUUGGUGAAGAUUUAAGUGGAACGAAACAUAAUAUCAUGGCCUAUAAAGAAGAAAAAAUACGUAUUCAGCUUGAACAUUCGCGCAAACUAAAUGAAAUCGAUAAAAAAAUAGAAGCAGAAAAUGACGAAUUAAUUAGAAAUUCAAAUAAAUGGAAGGGUGAGGGUUCGAAACGUAAAAAAAAUGCACCAUCAUCACGACAACCGUUACGGCAACCAUCACGGCAACCAUCACGACAACCCUCACUACGACGACUAUCACAUGAUGAUUUUGAUUUAUUCGACGAUGGCGGAGGUGGUGAUGACGAUGACAAAAAUCCACCUUCAUGUAUAGGAUGCCCUGGUAGAGUAUUAUGA